GGCUUGUGUAGUUAAAAAGGCCAUCCAUUAAAGGCUGUGGUUUUCAAUCAUCACUCCUCCCUCUGCCGUACAGACUCCUCUCUCUACAUCGCUCUCCCCUUGGUUUUCUUGGUUGGGGAAAGAUUUGUUGAAGGCGCCGGAAGGCAACGAUGAGUAACGAAGAAGAGAAGAAGUGUCCACUUUGUGCUGAGGAGAUGGAUUGGACCGACCAGCAGUUCAUGCCCUGCAAAUGUGGCUAUCAGAUAUGUGUUUGGUGUUGGCAUCACAUAAUAGACAUGGCAGAUAAAGAUGCCACAGAGGGGCGAUGUCCUGCUUGUCGGACAAUCUAUGAGAAAGAGAAAAUUGUUGCAAUGCAAGCAAAUUGUGAAAGGUCAAUGUCAAAAGUUUCUAACAGGAAAACUAAACAACCAAAGGCCAAGCCAAAGGCUACUGAAGUAAAGAAGGAUUUGACAAAUAUCAGAGUGAUUCAACGGAAAAUGGCGUAUGUGAUUGGACUACCGCUUAGUCUGGCUGAUGAAGAUGUGCUGCUGCGGAAUGAUUAUUUUGGUCAGUAUGGGAAAGUGACUAAGGUCUCACUUUCACGGACUGCUGGUGGGGCCAUUCAACAGUUUGUCAAUGAUACAUGCAGCGUAUACAUAACAUAUGCAAAAGAGGAGGAGGCGUUGCAAUGUAUACAAUCAGUUCAUGGUUUUGUUCUGGAAGGUAGAUUUUUGAGAGCAUCAUUUGGAACUGCUAAAUACUGUCAUGCUUGGCUAAAAAACAUGCCUUGCAACAAUCCUGCCUGUUUAUAUUUGCAUAGUAUUGGGGCUGAUGAAGACAGUUUUGGAAAAGACGAGGUUGCUGCAGUUCACACAAGGAGUAGAGUUCAACAAAUUGCUGGUGCUGCCAACAAUGUCAUAAAGCGCGCUGGCACUGUGCUGCCUCCUCCGUUAGAUGAUGUCCAUAUUAGUUCUAGUACUUUUAGUGAUAAAUCUACCACAAGAAGUAGCAUAUCGGAUGGAGCUCAUGGUUCUGGAGAUAGCAUCAGUGAUGUGCAUCCCUAUAAAGACAAGGAAGGACCUAUUGCACUACCCCAGAAAAUGUCGUCUUUUGUAGAUAUUGUUGGGCGGUCAAGUUCUGGUGCUCCAGAAAAAGAUGGAAAUAACCCUGAAGAUAGGAGGAUUCUUGAUAUAUGUUCAGAAUUUUCUUCAAUCGCAGUUGGUGGUGAAAUGCAUGCAGAAGCCUCAUAUUCUGUUCCUUCCCUUUUUAAGAUCCCCUCUUCUGGUCAUGGUGCAAAUGGGUUUAUAAGUAGUGCAGAAAAACCGCUCGGAGGAGAUUCUUUGUCAAAUAGUCACAGAUAUAAGGGCACAUGUGGCUCAAGUCAUGGGGCUUCUUAUCUUCAUCCAUUCUGUACUUCUCAUGAUUUGGAGGAUUCUGAUGGUGCUGCAUUACACAGAAAGGCACCUAAUCUGACUGGUUUUACUCUGGAUCACAAUCCUGUAAAUAUUCAAGAUGAUGAGGCUUCUUUACCUAUCAGAUGUGUAAAUUCCAUAUCUAAUGACUCAUGCCAGGAGAUGAAGUUUCAAAAUUCUGCUAAAUCUGAUAGAAUAUAUAGAAGUUCCCAGUCAUUUUCCAAUGAAGAAAUAGUUGAGCACUUACGGAGAAUAGAUAAUGAUAACUUGCAUAAUGAUGAUGAAAAUUCUGUUUCAGAUGCUGUAAAGAGCAGUAUAAUUUCAAAUAUUUUGUCGAUAGAUUUUGAUUCAUGCGAAGAUUCUUUGGGAAUGCCUAAUGGAUUAUCCAGGUUACUUGAUGAAACUGAAGUGUUGGGUGGUUCUUCUUGGAGUUCCCUAAAUAGUGAUCAAUCAGGCUACUCAUUUUCCAAACAAGAUGGCUUUGUGAGUCAAGUGGCUGCCUCUAUCCUUCCGGAAUAUAGAGAUAUCAAGGAGCCAUACUUGUGCAAGCCUCAGUUUCCAGUAAAUAGAGCUCAUAGUUUGGCUCCACCUGGAUUCACAAUGCCCUCCAGAGAUCCACCUCCUGGGUUUUCCAACUGCGACAGAACUGGUGGUUUGCCCCGCCCCUCAUCAGGUGGUCGUCUGGCCAACACUUGCUCUUUCUCGAGCACUUUGUUUCAACCAUCAACAGGCUUCAGUGAUUCUGAUUUCUUUGAUCCUGCAAUGUUACCCAGCGGAAAAAGUAACCAAACAAAUGCAUUUCAAAACACAAUGUUUGAAGCUAGGCCAUCCGGUACUCAUGGGUUGAGUGCAUUCGAGGACGAGUCUAGAUUUUUGCUUAUGAUGCAACAGUCUGCAUCUGCAUUUCAAGACUCCAACUUCUCUCAAAUCUUUGCACCCCAGAUUCCACCCUCGCAGCAGGGCCUGAGUUUUGCCGGUGGUCAGAAUGGCAUGACCGGACUAAAUGAUGUAUAUGGCCUAUCCUCAAGACUACCCGAUGAAAACCAAAAUCACGGUUCAUCUUUCUUCAGCCAGAUGGAACAGCAGAAGUAUGCAAAUGGGCAUGGCUCGAAUAGCAACGGUUUUGAUGGGUUGCAACAUAAAGGUGAGUCGGGGUUGGCAGAAGUUCAGAGAAACGAGAGACUAGGAGCGAAUUACUUUUCUGGGUAUGGAGGAGAUCUAAUGUUUAGUUCAGGCGAUGUAUACACCAAAGUGUUUGGACUGUAGUCGAUGAUCGGAUUCUCGUUGCAAAAACCCUGUAAUUUGGGCGAAAAAUGAAGUGUUAUUAAGAUCGAUCCAAAUGGAGUGCCCCACCUUUAA